GUCCCAUGCCUUGUUUGACCACGGCCUAUUCCAGCACCGGCCAGUCACCCGCCAUUCUGUGUCCGAAACAUAACUUACCUUAACAUUGCAACCCAUGGUACUGUACCCAUUUGCGAAUCUCCCCCCAAUCUAACUGCUUGCCUAUUCCGACUCACAGACAACCAAGCCGACAUUUGCUCUCUUUUUUGUCCAACCAUUCCAUGAUGCGCCUGCUUGUUGCACAACACCCGCCUUCCUGUUAGAGUCUGCACAACCCAAUUACAUGGGGUAGACAAGAUGUCAUAUCCCACCACAACCUGCCAGCAGCCAGCGGAUGAUCUACUCUACGGCUUCGACAUUCCGGAUGAGGAUAUCAAGAAAUUUCUCGGCUCCCUGGUUGCCUCUGGCCAGGCACCGCAAGCUGAGAUCAAUGCGCUACGGGAGCUGAGUCUCAUGCGAGGGGUCGAGGAGUGGGAUAUGUUGUUUCAGUGCGCCCUGGCGCUCCGUGCGAAGCAUGGGGAGUGGAACCAACCAGAUGAUGGCUCGCGGGGCGAGGCGAGUCUGGUGCCGUUUCUUGACGCGGUUCUCCAGGGUCAGGAUGCCUGGAGCGCCGGUUGUACGGCGAGGGACAAAAAAAGGAAGGGGAUUCACAAACCGGGGGUGGCGAGGAAAAGAGCGCCAGGAAACGGCGUUUCUCACUUUUGGGAGGAGGAUGGUAACACGAGCGAGACAGUCGGACGGAGGCGACGAAGCCAGGAGGACCAUUCGCCGUCUGCCCCUCGAUGCCCGGGAAGCUGCCAGGAUAUCCACAUCACGGAAGGCAUACAGGACGAUAAGACCGACGGGGACCUGGGCUGCGUCUUUGUCCAGGAGGCCCAGGAUAUCGCGCCGGGAUUCCACUCUGCCGAAGAAGAAGUCUCUGCUGCAACCAAAGAAAUCUCAUCAUGUCUAUUUACGAAGGAGUCGACUACAUCAGACGGAGCUGACUCCGAGCACCUUGGGGCACCGAGGGAUACUGAAAGAGCAGUCAGAGCCACGGGAGGAUCAAAGUCGCCUUUCUUUGGCGCAUCGACACCGACACGAGCAAGCCAGUCAAACGCAGGACCAACUCCGCCAUCGACGAGAAAGAAACUGCGUCCACCGCGAGGCACCGUCUCCAGCCUCCCAGUUCCCCCUCUCUCCGCCGACCGCUUCGGCUUGAUCCAGGAGGAGCUGGCCGACGACCCCUUCUCCCUCCUCAUCGCCGUCACGUUUCUGAUCCGCACCACCGGCAAGGCAGCCAUCCCAGUUUUCCGUCAGCUGAUGGAGCGUUUUCCCCUCCCCGAAGCACUCGCGGCCGCGGACCCGGCCGAGAUCAUCACCCUGAUCCAUCCCCUGGGCUUGUCAGCUGUGCGGUGUGCGGCCAUACAAAAGUACGCCCGCCUGUGGCUAAAGAAGCCGCCAACAAGGGAGGUCCGGUACGGAAUCAAGAACUAUCCGCAGCCUGGGGACGGGCGUCAUGUAAGGGCGGGCGAGGAGUUUGGUCCUGAGGAUGGCGGCGUCUGUGCGUUGGAUGCCUUCGACAGGGUCUGUCCCAUGGUGGACGCUGUGGCGGAUGCACGAGACAGGGCGAUCGGGUGUGCGUGGGAGAUUGGGCAUCUCACUCAGGGGCCGUACGCGCUGGACUCAUGGCGCAUCUUCUGCAGAGACGAGCUGCUGGGCCGGUCGAGGCACUGGACGGGGAAGGGCAGCCUGCCUGGGUUCCAGCCGGAGUGGAUGCGUGUUCUGCCCCGGGACAAGGAGUUGCGGGCGUGUUUGCAAUGGAUGUGGAUGAGGGAGGGCUGGGAGUGGGAUCCCCUGACAGGAAACGGGCCCAACCUUGAUCUGUGGUCCCUGAAUCUGUAUCGUGACGCAUGA